CUGGCUCCUGGCGGUGCAGUUAGUGUACCAGGGCUUAGGAGUCCUGGGGUGGGGCUGCACCCUCACACAGGGGCCAGCACAUUCACAGACCUCAGGGUCAGAGAGCAUGGCUCCCUAGAAAUGAAUGCAUUACCCCAACUGGAAGAGUGUAAACCGCAGGUUAGUGAAAGGUGAGGCUGGACAGGUAAGCAGAGGCCAACGCUUGCUGGGUCUUCAGAGCCACGUUUGGACUUUAAGAAGAGGGCACUGGCAAGUUAGAAAUAUCCUUUUGAGGUUCCGGUUCUGUGGUGAUCUGGACUGUCCUGACUGGGUCCUGGCAGAGAUCAGCACACUUGCCAAGAUUUCCUCCGUGAAGCUGAGGCUGCUGUGCGGUCAGGUGCUGCAGGAGCUUCUGGGGCUGGGGAUGGAUUACGAGAAGGUCCAGAAGCUCACUGCUGAUGCCAGGUUUGAGUUGGGCGAUGUGAAAGCCACUGUGGCAGUACUGAGUUUCAUCCUCUCCAGUGCGGCCAAGCAUAGCGUGGAUGGCGAGUCCUUGUCCAGUGAAUUGCAGCAGCUGGGGUUGCCUAAAGAGCAUGCAGCCAGCCUGUGUCGCUGUUAUGAAGAGAAGCAAAGCCCCCUGCAGGAGUACUUGCGGGCCUGCAGCCUGCGUGUUAACAGGCUGGCAGGCACAGGCUGGCGGGUAGACUACGUCAUGAGCUCCAGCCUGCUCCGGUCUGUGAAAGAGCCAGUGGUGCACCUGCGGCUGGACGUGGCGGCUGCCCCGGAGGCCCCGGCCCAGCCUGUUGCCCUGUCCCUCUCAGCAGACAAGUUCCAGGUCCUCCUGGCAGAACUGAAGCAGGCCCAGACCCUGAUGAGCUCCCUGGGCUGAGGAGAACAGUGUUGGUGGCCCACGUGGAGCUACCCUGCCCGAGUGAAGUUGCUGCCCUUCGAACGUCUCUUCAGGACCCUGGAGGCCUGGCCUCCUGCAUCUCUGGCUUUCUAGGUUCCUACCUGAAAAUUCAGCACACAAUCCUGAGAACUUUCCAGAAUUGUCUUCCCUCCCCCAGAAAGAUACUUGUUGAUGGUUUUUCCAAGAAGAAAGAAUAAAGAGGAGUGUAAAGGAA